GUGUCGACCAAAUGAAUCAAAUCCUUCAAACUUUGGGAACCCCCGGCGAUCUUACCUUAUCAAGGAUAAUGAGCACAAUAGCGCAAGAAUAUAUUCGUAAUUUACCUCGUAUGCAGAAAAGGCCAUUUUCUAAAAUAUACCCUAAUGCAAAUGCUUUAGCAAUUGAUUUAUUAGAACGUCUCUUGACAUUUGAUCCUGCCCAACGGAUAACUGUUGAAGAAGCAUUAGAGCAUCCCUAUUUAGCAGUAUGGCACGAACCUAAUGAUGAGCCUGUAUGUGCCGAGACCUUUGAUUCCUCUUCAAUUAAUUCAGUGGAUGAUUCUCAGUUAAUGAAAUUAAUGAUCGUUAAGGAAGUAACUAAUUUCCGUGCAGCAGUACGUCGACAUGUACCUCAUCUUA